AUGUCAGGUAGUCUUGUUGUUUGGUACGGUGUUUACCGGAAAACAAAUAUGCCAGAAAAAGUAGCGAAAAUCGUUAAGCCGGAAGGUAAGGUGCCUGAUGAGCUAGAGAACCAAGUAUCAAAUGCUAUUGCCGAUUUGGAAAAUAAUUCUGAUUUCAAAGCUGAGCUUCGUGAGCUUUUCAUUGUUGGUGCAAAGGAAAUCGAUGUUCCAAAUUCGAACAACAAAAAGAGUAUUAUUAUAUAUGUUCCCGUGCCGCAGCUGCGACUGUUUCAAAAGAUUCAGUUAGGGCUUGUGCGCGAAUUAGAGAAGAAGUUUAGUGGGAAACAUAUCGUAUUUAUUGCCAGACGGCGUAUACUGCCGAAACCAAAGCGGGGUAAGAACAGGAAACCUCAGAAGCAAAAACGUCCACGAUCACGUACUUUAACAGCUGUACAUGAUGCGAUGCUUGCUGAUUUGGUUUUUCCUGCUGAAGUUGUGGGAAGAAGGAUCAGGGUGAAGUUGGAUGGGAAACGCAUCAUUAAAGUGCACCUUGACAAGACCCAACAAACUAAUGUAGAACAUAAGGUGGAUACAUUUUCGGCAGUCUAUAAACAUCUCACUGGAAAAGACGUUGCAUUCGAAUUCCCCGAACCACUGUUUUGA